GUUUUUCUUUCGUUCAGUCCGGCAAACACUCACGCAUACACUUACACAUCUAAAUAUACGCAUGCCAUGACAGAUUUUUCCUCUCCGCAGAGCCAUUUUUAAUUUUCCGUCUUUUGCGGGAAAUUCUUUCAUGUGUAAGGAACACGUGUAAGCAGCGCUUAGCCGAAAAAAAAUUGAAUUUUAUAGUUUUUUUUUCGUUUUGAUUUGGAUUGUUGGAAAAUAUACAGGAAAAAUGAAUACCGAUAAAUUGAAAAAAUUGCAAUCGCAAGUGCGUAUUGGUGGCAAAGGUACACCACGUCGUAAGAAGAAGAUUGUGCACCAAACCGCUGCAACUGACGAUAAAAAAUUGCAAUCGACGUUGAAAAAGUUGUCGGUGAAUACAAUUCCAGGCAUCGAAGAAGUGAACAUGAUCAAGGAAGAUGGAACUGUGUUGCAUUUCAACAACCCAAAGGCUCAAGCAUCAUUGGCCGCUAAUACAUUUGCCAUUACCGGUCAAUGUGAACAGAAACAGGUUGCCGAGAUGUUGCCGGGUAUCUUGUCGCAAUUGGGUCCAGAAGGUCUCAAUCAAUUGAAACGUUUGGCCAAUAACGUGGUGGCUGGUAGCAACAAGCUGUUGUCAAGCGUCGCUGAGGAAGAUGAUGUGCCAAAUUUGGUUGAAAAUUUCGAAGAAGUCUCACAAAAGGAUGUUGAGGCUAAGAAGGCUGAAGCCGCUAGUGCUAAAGUUGAACAACCAGCCGCAGCAAAAGCAGCUGAAGAAAAUAAGGAAAAUAAGAAGCCUGAACAAGCUGCUUCAACUCCAGCUACAGCUCCGGCACCGGCUGCUGAAGAGAAGAAACCAGCUGAGGCUAAAAAACCAGAAGCACCAAAAGAACAAACUAAGGCUGCCGAGCCAGCCAAGCCAAAGGAAAGCUCAAAAGCAGGUGACAAAAAGCCAGCCGAAGCCAAGAAACCAGAAGCAAAGAAUGAAAAACCAGCAGCAAACAAUAAUCAAAAGAAGGACAAUGCUAAAAAAGACACAGCAAAGAAACAAGCCAAUGCUGCACCGGCUAAGACUGAUGAAAAGAAGGCUGAACCAGCUCCAGCAGCACCUGCUGUAGCCAAGAGCGAAGACAAGCCAAAGCAAGAACAAAAAGGUGGCCAACCACAAAAACAAGAUGCUCCAAAGCAACCGGCUCAACCACAGCCACCAAAACAAACGGCAACCGCUCCAGCAUCAGCACCAGCAGCCGCUCCAGCAGUCGUUCCAGUCGCUGCUCCAGUCGCUGCUCCAGUCGCCACACCAGCACCAGCUCCCGCAGCAGCAAAGGAUGCUGCAAGGCCACAAGAGCAAUCGGCACCAAAGCCCCAACAACCACAACAACAGGCACCUAAGCCACAACAGCAGCAACAACAACAACAGCAACAAGGUGGCAAAAAAGGCCAACAAAAAGGAAAACAACAACAACAAAAACCAAAGGCCUAAAUUAGAAGCAACAAAAAUUGAUUUGUGUUGAUUUGAUUUUUCAAGCAAUUCCAUGCCAAUUUUUUACGUAUACUCAUAUGCAAAUAAUUUUUAUUGCUUUUCAAUCGUUUUGAAGCGAGCCAUCAUAACGCCGAUGUGCAAUACUGACACAUUUAAUUAUCAUAUUCACUGUGUGAUACUAACAAACAAAAAACAAACUAACCAUUUUUGAAGUGCAUUUUGUUUUUUUUUCUACUAAUUUUUCUUCACAUAAUUUUUUGUAAUCGAUUGAUAAAAUAAAAUGAUUUUGACUAAUCAAUUUGAAAAGAAUUGAUUAAAACAAUGCUGACUUUAUAGAUUGUUGAGAAAUCGUGAUUAAUUUGACCACUCAAUCUAUAUAUUUUUUGAAUAAUUGUUCGUGUGUUGAAAUCCAACUUAUUAGCGUGUUAUGGUGAUACAUAAAAUUUUUACGAAUUUUUGUAUAUUUUACCGAAUAAAAUUUUUGUUAAAACUCAA